UUUUCGUUGUUGCUGUUCUGCUUCGUUUAGGGUUUAGAAGUUGGUGUACACGCGUCACUUCUUCGGCUCCGUCGUGGCUGUUCGACUUCGCUCAGUCGACAACUUUCCCUUCUGUCAGAUCGGAAGUUACGACAUUUUGAUCGGAAGCAACAACGGGAGGUCGCUUUCUGUGAAGGUAACUUUCUCCCUUUCGCGCGCUUCUUCGGCCAAAUCCAGUAAAUCCGCCGAACCGAACCAAAGGAUUUCGUAAAUCCGGGAUUUACCACGAAAAGAGGGAAUUUUCCGUCAACCGCAGCUUUGAUUUACCGUCAGAUUUGGUUUUCAUUUUUGGCCGUUUGGCUGGAUUUAGCUCAAAUCCGCUUCAAAUCCAUUCUAAAUCCUGCAUCCAAACAGCCCCUUAAAAUUGAUGUCAAAUCCGAUACAAAACACCCCCUAAAGGCCUUACGUUUUCGUCACCGCCUUGCCUUGCCGCCAUGUCACCGGCGGCUAUCGCCGGUCAAAAUACGAAGUUAAGAAGGGAUACGAAGAACAUUAAGAAGCGAAAGAAGCAGGAAGAAAAAUCCAACGCAUCCUUUCUUAUUACCAAGGACGAGAUGAAAGAAGAGAGGAAGAAGAAGAAGAAUAAUAAGAAGGCGAAGCUUCAAACGGAGAGUAAUGAAGCCUCAACGGCAGAGGUGGACCUAGGUGAAUCUAUUUCUUGGGUCACGCAGAUUAAAGAUAAGAAUCAUAAGAAGAAAAAGAACGAGGGCGAGGAGGAGGUAGGAAAGAAAGAGAGGAAUAGCAGUCUUAUCACUGAUGUUCGAUUUGCACCGGCGCAGUUGGAUCCGCGUUUCCAGCGUAUGCCAAAGAGAGAGGCGAAGGUCCCAAUCGAUUCACGGUUUGCGCGCAUGCUCUCUGAUCAGAGCUUCACGUCGUCUGUGGCGCCAGUGGACAAGAGGGGAAAGCCGAGGAAGGGCAAGAAGGUGAAUCCUUUGUUGCACUAUUAUCUCCAUGAGAAAGAGCCUGAGGAGGAUGCAGAGGUGGAAAAAGAGCUGGCGGGGGAGGAGAAUGGAGAAGAAGUUUACACUUCUUCAUAUGUGGGUACUGAUGAGAGUAGUUCUACCACCAGCGAUGAGAACGACGACGAUGACGACUAUUCUGUGAAUAGUGACAUUUGUCGGUAUCUGAUGGCUAACCAUGAGGAUACACCAACAGUCGAACAAGAAACUCACAGGCUGGCGAUUGUUAACAUGGACUGGGAUCACAUUAAGUCUGUUGAUCUAUAUGUUGUAAUGAGUUCAUGCCUUCCAAAAAGUGGCCAAAUUUUGUCAGUAACCAUAUAUCCAUCUGAGUUCGGGCUCAAGUGCAUGGAAGUUGAAGCAGUGCGUGGGCCAACAUGUCUCAUUCGUGAUGAUGAAGAAAUAAGUGAGGAGGAACCAGAUACCGAAGUCAUUAAUGAAAAACUACGAGCAUACGAAAUGAACAAGCUAAGGUAUUAUUAUGCUGUCGCUGUAUUUGAUUCAAGUGCCACUGCAAAUCAUGUUUACAACACCCUUGAUGGAACUGAGCUUACUAGAACAUCAAAUGUAUUUGAUUUGAGAUUCAUUUCCGACUCUAUGGAAUUCAAACAUCCUCCUCGUGAUGUCACAACUGAGGCGCCAACAAGUUACAAGGAACCAGACUUUCAAACUCGAGCACUGCAGCACUGCAAAGUCAAUUUAACUUGGGAAGAUGAUGAGCCCCAACGAGUUAAAACAUUGAGGCGAAAAUUCAAUUCUGAGAAGCUCGAUGAUCUGAAUGAGUACUUAGCAUCAACUGAUGACAGUGAUGAGGAUCAUGGAGAUGUAGAAAAGCUGCGAGCUCUUCUUGAAUCCAACAAAAAUUCUGAUACAGAUGAAAGUAAAAAUGAUAAGGACAUGGAGAUCACCUUUAAUACAGGCCUCGAGGAUCUAAGCAAACGUAUUCUAGAGAAGAAGGACAAGAAAAUAGAGACAGCAUGGGACCAAGUUCUUAGACGGCGAAGCGAAAAGAGAAAGGCGAGGCAAAACAGGUCCAAAUACUCAUCUGACGAUGACUCAAGUGAUUAUGAUGUUAAAGAAGCAUCAGAGCAACCAGAUGAUUUCUUUGUCGAAGAAUCUUUGGAUGCUAAAAAAAUGGUUUCUAAGGAUAGGAUGAAACUUAAGAAGGGAAGAGAAGUUUCUCAAGAAAUAGAGAAGGAGCAAGAAGCAAGUAGAGCAGAAUUAGAACUGUUAUUUGCUGAAGACCAGGACAUAGACAAAGGCCCCAAGGGUUACAACAUGAAAUCCAAAAAGGCCAAGGGAAAGAAGAGUAAAGAGAUUGCAGCAGAGGAAAAGCUACCAAAUGUGGAUUGUUCAAAUGAUCCUCGGUUUGCUGCACUUAACACUAAUCAUCUCUAUGCAUUGGAUCCCACUGAUCCACAUUAUAAGAGAAGUGUAGCUUUUGCCCGGAAGCAAACGCAGAAGCAGAUUGGGUCAAAAGAGAAGGAUGUGGAUGAUAAGAUUUUUGAAAAGAAAGCUUUAUCGAGCGCAGAUGACAUCGAAUCGGUGAAGAAACCGGUGCUGGGGACACAAUCGGAGAAUGAAAAACAUGAGUUUUCUUCCAUGAUUAGGUCUUUGAAGAGAAACAUUGGAAAUAUGAAGAAGUAAUGGUGGAUGCAGAAGCAUUUUUAUCUUAUGGCUUUCGUAAACAAGAUUAUAGCUUUUUUGCAGGCCAUAAUUCAAGACAGGUUUUGUAACAAUUAGGUGAGAUUCGAGUGGUUUGAAUAUAUAGCCGUUAUUAUCUAUAUUCAAGUUUAUGUAUUGUUAACAGUUUAAGUUAUGAAACUGGAUAAAGAGUUUUGUUUUCUGAGA